AGCUUAAAAGGCAAAGAAAUGCGAGAGGGACGGAAGUCCUUUGCAAUGACAAAAUAAUACAAGUCAAUCAACAAAAAGAAGUAGCACCAAAUUAACGAAGAACAGGGAAUUCCAUGUCCUCCCUAUCUGAUAGAUUAUAGUCUCCAACUCAACCAAAACCUGGCUGGUAUCUCUCUAUCUCCCUCUAUUUUUCACCCCUUUUCUUUUGUUUUGAUCUGUUAGUUAGCAAGUAAUGAAUAGAGUUUCAAUCAGAAUCCUUAAAAUCUCAAAAACCUUUGCAUCUAAUGCACAAAACCACACACUUACUAAGAAUUUAGUACCUUCUUCUUCUUCUUCUCUUCAAACAAUACAAAACUCCAACUCCAUCUCUCUCUCAAACCCACUUUACAGUUUCCUCCCUGAAAAUCAAAACCCCAACAACUUUGUCAAUCUCAUUUACUCCUCUCUCAAACGAGACAACACCCAGUUAACCCUUCUUCAAAAUGAUGACAUAAAGGGGCUUAUUCAUCAUCUGGGUGCCAAUGAAAUCUCUAGGGUUUUAUUAAGAUGCCAGUCCGAUUCCGUUUCAGCUCUCACUUUCUUUAACUGGGUCAAAAAUGAUCUGGGUCUCAAACCCUCUACUCUUAACUAUUGUCUUAUUCUUCAUGUUUUAGCUUGGUCUAAAGAAUUCGAACAAGCUAUGAAAUUCUUAACUGAAUUGAUUCUGUUGGUUAAAGAUACUGAUGAAGAUGUGUUUCAAUGUUUGUUUUUGUGUUGUCAAGACUGUAAUUGGGACCCUAUUAUUUUUGAUUUGUUACUCAAGGCUUAUGUGAAAGCGGGUAUGAUUAAAGAAGGUUUUAGGACUUUUAUGCAGAUUUUAGAGGUUGGUUAUGUUCCUAGUGUGAUUGCUUGCAAUUAUCUUCUGAAUGGGUUGUUAAAGUCGAAUCAUAUCCAUCUUUGCUGGCAUGUUUAUGGAGAGAUGGGAAGAGUUGGUGUUAUCCCGAAUUCAUAUACAUUUAAUAUUCUGACCCAUCUAUUUUGCAAGGAUGGAGAUAUCGAUAAGAUGAAUGAUUUCUUGGAGAAGAUGGAGGAAGAGGGCUUUGAGCCAGAUAUAGUGACAUAUAAUACGCUGAUUAAUGGCUAUUGUGGAAGAGGAAGAUUGAGUGAUGCGUUUUAUUUGUACAGGAUAAUGUAUAGAAGGUGUGUCUUGCCAGAUUUGGUUUCAUAUACUGCAUUAAUGAAUGGCCUUUGUAAAGAAGGAAGGGUGAGAGAGGCUCACCAACUCCUUCAUAGAAUGGUUCACAGAGGGUUGAAUCCAGAUGUUGUUUCAUAUAAUACUCUUAUUUGUGGUUAUUGCAAGGAAGGAAAGAUGCUAGAGUCUAAGUCAUUGUUGUAUGAGAUGAUAGGAAAUGGGAUUUUCCCCGAUAGUUUUACUUGUCGGGUUCUUAUUCAAGGAUACAGGAAAGAGGGUUGGUUAAUUUCCGCUUUGAACUUGGUUGUGGAGCUUGAGAAAUUUGGUGUUUCAAUCUCACCAGAUAUUUAUGAUUAUCUAGUAGCUUCUUUAUGUGAAGAGGAUAGACCGUUUGCAGCAAAGACUCUUCUGGAAAGAAUGUCUCAGCGUGGUUAUAUACCUCAUGUGGAAAUCUAUAAUAAACUCAUCGAGUCUCUCUGCAAAGGUGAUUGUGUAGCAGAUGCAUUAUCUCUAAAAGCUGAGAUUGUUGUUGGGAACAUAAACCCAAAUCUUCUUACCUAUAAAGCCCUCAUUCGCUGCUUGUGUAGAAUGGGCAGAAGUAUAGAGGCUGAAAAGUUGAUGGAAGAAAUGCUUCAUUUUGGUUUGCAACCUGAUCCAGAAAUAUGCAGAGCCAUGAUACAUGGGUACUGCAGAGAAAAGGAUGCUGGCAAAGCAGAAUCGUUAUUGGUAUUGUUUGCCAAGGAAUUUCAAAUUUUUGAUAGUGAGAGUUAUAGUACACUUGUCAGAAUUGUUUGUGAAGAUGGUGAUGUGGCCAAGUUCAUGGAGCUGCAAGAACGGAUGCUGAAAGUUGGAUUUGCACCAAAUAGCCUAACUUGCAAAUACAUGAUUGAUGGCUUAAGGAAAAAUGUGGGGCUGGUCAAAGAAAAACUUAUACUUGAAUGACAUAAAUGAUCAAUAUUUUGAGGGGAAGGUUACAAGUGUUCGCUGGCUAGAUGAUCACUGGGAAUUUAAGACUGACAUUGCAGUUUCGUUUGGCAUUCAAUCAUAUCACAGUGGUGGCUGUGGAGUUUUGGAUAGACGAUGGAAAAAGUCAAUUGUAAGGCACUAUCUUCUAUAGAAUACUUAAACCCUACAAUAAAAAGUGCUGAAUUCCUAAAAAGAA